AUGACUAAGGAAGGCAACAUUAGCUGGUCCAAAUUACUCGAGAACCCCAUUGUCACAGCUCAGCAUGGUAAUGACGGCAACCGCAUUGCCACAGCAACCGAGUCUUUGAAGGAGACAGCCCACCAAUUCGCCCAAUUCCUUAGUGAACGUGCCAAGUUGUUAGCCAACAGUGCCCAGUUUGAAAGAGCGUUACGGGAUGUAGCAGCCAUAAGAGCCAUAUUACCAGGAUCAGGACUUGGAUACUUGUGUAUGGGAGACGUGUAUUGUCAGCAAGGACAUCAUUCCGCAGCCAUUUCCAUAUAUGAUCAAGGACUUGAAACGGUACCUGAAUCGGAUCCAUAUUAUCAGCAGCUUCAGCAGCAUCGAAUGGCAGCAGUAGCCAAUAACGAUAAACGCAUCGACUUUAUUAGCCAAUUGCCAUUGGAUAUUGUUAUCACCCAUAUUGUACCAAGGAUGGAGCAGCCGGCAUGUUUGGAUUCAGAGGUGUUGUAUGAGCCUCUUUAUGUAUCACGUACGUGGCAGGAGCGUAUCUUGCAGCAAUCCAAUGGCUUGGCUUUUGAUUUUGGCAAAGAGACGACCACCUUCAAGAGGGGCCAUGCUCAACUUGUCCGGUUCGCACCCUAUGUUGAGACCUUGAGUGUUUGUUUGUUGGAAAACGUGCAUUUGGAUGAUCUCUUUUCUCGUGCACACUUUUCCAAUCUAAAAGAACUCGAUAUCUUUUGUGUGCCUAUGAUACUGUGGAUCGUAUUGAACGCACCCAGCCUCAACGCUAUCCAUACCUAUAUUAUACAUUUUCGGCCUGAUGUCGCAAAAGCCAUGACCAAAUUGAAGCAUCUUCGAAAGGUACAUAUUGAGAAAGACCACAGCGUCAUCAUGCUGAAUUACGAUGGCAUCCGCCAAUUCUUUGAAUAUCAUGUUUCCAUGGGGGAGCACUCAACACUCGAGCAUGUCGUUGUGGAUAUGAACUUUGUGGAUCCGUCUCAAGAAGAAUGGUUGCCGUUGUUGUUACGAUUGAAAUCCCUCAAGAUUUUUGAAUUACACGCUGAUGACAUCGCCGAAGAGUGUCAUCCCAUCUUUGGAAGGCUGCUUCAAGACUGCCCCACUAUCGAAGAAUACAUCGUCACUGGAGACCACUACGUUAUAUAG